AUGGCGCCUACCCAGACGGUGCAUCACCACCGCUCUACCACCAAGGUUUCCCACAAGCCUUACAAGACCAAGCAUGCAUCUAAGAGUGCUCUAAAGGAAAAGGCAAAGGGCAAAGUCGAGGGAGAGCGGGGCACUCGCAAAACCCCCCACCAACAAUUGAAGUCGAAACUCGAUCGUCGCAACACAGCUCGCCAGAGACAACAACUGAAGCACCAGGAGAAGGCUCAAGCGAACAGCAUCUUCACCGGUCAAAAUGGAGCCCCUCGCCAUGUCGCCGUUGUCCCAUUAUCCGUUGAUGUCGACGCCGCAUCCGUGAUCAACGCACUAAACGAGAGUGUCGAUGUCUCGGCCGCCGUCUCCCCAGACAGCGUCACCCGUGUGCGAAUUGAUCGUUUCCGCCAAAGCCUCCUCUACGUUCCGUCCAAAUAUGACCUCCUGAAUGCGUUGGAUGUGUGCCGUAUGGCCGAUUUUGUGGUUCUGGUACUUUCAGCCGAAGUUGAGGCGGAGGAGAAGGCAGAGCUUUUACUGCGCUCGAUCGAGAGCCAGGGUAUCUCAAAUGUUAUAACUGUUGUUCAAGGCUUGGAUAAAAUCAACCCACCCAAGAAGCGCACUCAAGUGGCUGCUUCUCUCAAGUCUUAUAUCAACCACUUUUUCCCCGCUGUUGAGAAAGUCAUGUCAUUGGAUUCGCGACAGGAAUGCUCCAAUGCUAUUCGUUCUCUGUGCACUGCGACUCCUAAGGGUAUUCGCUGGCGUGAUGAGCGCAGCUGGAUGUUCAUCGAGGAUGUUCAGUGGCCAGAGGUUAACGCUGAAGUAGUUGACGACGUUGUUAUCACCGGUGUUGUCCGUGGAAAGGGCUUGAAGGCGGACCGCAUCACCCACAUUCCCGGAUGGGGAGAUUUCCAGAUCGGCUCGAUCACUUCCUCUCCCCUUCCUGGGAGCAAGAGCAAGAAAGACGAUGAUAUGAAUGUCGAUACAAAUGAAACGACACAAGUCUUGGAUGGCCCCAGUGCUGACCAGGAUGAUAUGGCUACCGUUGCUCCCGAGGAAAUUGAGAUGCAGGAUGACGAUGACAUGCACUCUGUUGCCGAAACCGAGCGAAAGGGUGUCUUGCUUGAUGACCACCAUUACUUCUCGGAUGACGACUCACACGUUCCUGGAAAGCCUAAGCGCCUGCCGAAGGGUACUUCUGAGUACCAGUCUGCCUGGUAUCUUGAGGAUGUUUCCGAUUCUGGCUCUGACAUCGAUGAUGGGGAUGAUGACGAGGAUAUGGAGAUGGAUACAGCAGGCGCCCCCGAGGAUGGUGUGUUCCCCGACAACGCAGAUGCCAUGACCGAGGGUGGUGCCUCCGAGUACCCUCAAUCAGAGAUGUUCCUCGACCCAUCGCCCGAAGACGAGGCACAAGAACUUGCCGAUUACCGUGCCAGUCGCCGAGACGAGGCGGAAGAAGAUCUUGAAUUCCCUGACGAAAUUGAACUGCACCCCAACGUCCUGGCUAGAGAGCGUCUGGCUCGUUUCAGAGGUCUGAAGAACCUCAAACUCAGUCCCUGGGAAACAUCCGAGGACCGUCCCUUCGAACCUGAAGACUGGCGAAGACUGUUGCAAUUCGGCGACUACAAGGGAACCAAGAACCGGGUUAUCCGCGAGGCUCUGAUCGGGGGUGUCAACCCCGGUGUUCGCGUUGAGGUUCACCUGCGCGCUGUCCCAGCUUUGCUCCGUAAUAAGCCUCAGCCCGUUUCUCUCUUCUCCCUGCUGCGUCACGAGCACAAGCAAACCGUCGUUAACAUCAAUAUGACUCUGAGCCCAAGUGUUGAGCAGCCACUCAGGGCCAAGGAGGAAAUUCUCAUCCAAUGUGGUCCCCGCCGCAUCUUGGUGAACCCUAUCUUCUCAUCCGCCGACAACACCCCCAACAACGUUCACAAGUUCGACCGAUUCCUGCACCCAGGUCGCAGCGCUAUCGCCACCUGGGUUGGACCUAUGACAUGGGGCGCUGUCCCUGUCCUGGUCUUCAAGAGCAAGCCUACUGAGCAAGACCCAGAGGUCCUAGACACAGCAGAUGACGACAAACAAGAGUCGAUGGCCUUAGAUCAACUUGACCUCAUCGGUACCGGCACAGUGGUCGCACCCGAUCCAGCUCGUGUUAUUGCCAAGCGUGCCAUUCUUACCGGCCACCCUUACAAGAUUCACAAGAAGGUCGUCACAGUCCGUUACAUGUUCUUCAACAACGAGGACGUCAGCUGGUUCAAGGCUCUGCAACUCUGGACCCGUCGUGGACGUAGUGGAUACAUCAAGGAGAGUCUUGGUACCCACGGUUACUUCAAGGCUACUUUCGAUGCCAAGAUCAACCCCCAGGACUCUGUUGGAAUCAGUUUGUACAAGCGUGUUUUCCCUCGCAAGGCCAGAUCUUUGGAGAGCGCUUCUGCGUAA